GUCAAACAGUAUCUAUAGAUUCUGGUGUGUAGAAGUGUUUCGUUACUUUGUUUACAGUUCCCUGACAACAAUUAUUGAUUGACCGCAAUCGAAAGCCCACUGUCAAACGCGUCUGUCAUUUCGUAUUAUAUUAUGUUUUUGUGCUUGAUUUAGAAGGAUGAAAACUGUUUCAGUCUAAGGAAAAAGUAUUAUAUAAUUUUUAUACAUUUAUCAGUGAUAAACAGUGUUGUUUGCUUAAGCCGUCAGUGGUGACGCGUAAAGAGUGGUGUAACUGAUAAAUAUGUUUCAAGUCAAAUGGUUAGCAACGCGCAGCAGUCGUUUACUGGGUAGUGUGACGGUGGCUUCGGAGUUUGGCGGAGUUUUGUCAGUUUCCCUUGAACGCAACGGUGUUAGAACCAUGGCCAGCAAAGUGCUCAAUUUAGACAAUUUGAACCCCAAUGUAAUAAAACUGCAAUACGCAGUGCGCGGGCCUCUCGUUAUACGUGCUGCUGAAAUCGAAAAGGAAUUACAAAAGGGUGCGCAAAAACCAUUUAAAAAAGUCAUCAGAGCUAAUAUUGGAGAUGCCCAUGCUAUGGGUCAGACCCCCAUAACAUUCAUACGACAGGUAUUGGCAUGUGUGACUUUACCAGAUCUGAUAAAAACUGGAAAUUACCCUGAAGAUGUUAAGAAAAGGGCCACGGAAAUUCUCAAUUCCAUGGGCGGCAAAUCGGCGGGAGCGUACACGAUGUCGCAUGGUAUAGAGUACAUCCGGCGUCAAGUGGCGGAAUACAUCGAACGCCGCGACGGACACAAGGCCAACUGGCAGGACGUGUGCCUCUCGGGCGGCGCCUCCAACGCCAUCAAGAAUGUGCUCCAGCUGUUCUGCAAUAAAGUCAACGGGAAGACUUCUGGUGUGUUGAUUCCCAUACCGCAAUAUCCUUUAUACUCGGCGUCUCUUGCCGAAUAUGGGCUCGGUCAAGUGGGCUACUACUUGGACGAGGACAAAGACUGGGCCCUGCAAAUAGAUGAGCUGGAGCGAGCGAGGAAGGAGGCAUCCUCCAACUACGCUGUGCGAGCCCUUGUCGUCAUCAACCCUGGCAACCCUACCGGGCAGGUGCUGACACGCGAUAACAUCGAAGCUAUUAUAAAGUAUGCACACAAGAACAAGUUGUUCAUCUUCGCUGAUGAAGUGUACCAGGACAAUGUUUACGCGAAAGGGAGCCAGUUCUUCUCCUUUAAAAAGGUAUUGCGUGAAAUGGGCGGGGAGUACAGUAGUGGUGUGGAGUUGGCAUCGUUCAUGUCGGUGAGCAAAGGGUAUGCGGGCGAGUGUGGACUCAGAGGAGGGUGGAUGGAACUCGUCAACGUGGAUCCUGAUGUGCAGGCCCAGCUGUACAAGGCAAUCUCCGCUAUGCUCUGCCCCACCUCGCUCGGACAGACAACCGUUUCGUGCGUGGCGGCACCACCGGUGAAAGGUGAUCCAUCAUAUGAUCAGUGGUUGAAGGAGAAGACUGCCGUCUUGCAGUCAUUGAAUGCGCGAGCUGACAUGAUCGCCAAGACUUUCAACAGCAUGGAGGGAUUCACCUGCAAUCCUGUGCAGGUAUACCACUUCUUCAUCAUUAUCAGCCCUUUUACGUCCCCACUGCAGGGGCUCAGGCCUUCCUUAUGGAUGGUUAAGGAGGAUGGGCCAUGACCCUCCACGCGGGCCCAAUGCGGAUUGGAGGGUAUUAACGACUGCAAAUGCAGCCGGGACCAACGGCUUAACAUGCCUUCCGAAGCACGGAGUAGCUCGAGAUAAUAAUUUUUUGAUCACCCAUCCCGUGAUCGACCCUUGUGAAAAUUGCUUAACGACAACGAGCGCAGGCCGCGGCGCUUAUCCACUACGCCGCCGAGCUACCCACUUCUUCACUUCUAAUAUUUAUGCCAGGUGUUGCUACAUUACGUACAUAUACUCAGAUUAUUUAUUACAUGGAUUAAACUGACAGAUCAAUUCAGCUUUUUUGGGUUCCACACCCAAAGGGUAAAACGGGCACCCUAUUCGCUGUCUGUCUGUUUGUCACCAGUUUGUAUCUCAUUAACCGUGAAAGUUAGACAUUUUUUAACAGAUGAUAUAUGUCUGUUGUCGGGUCAACGAGAGUCAACAACAAAUACUAAAAACCAGAAUAAAACAAAUAUUUAAGUGGGCUCCCAUACAACAAACGUGAUUUCUUUGUUCGUUUCCGGUACGAAACCAUUCGUGUGCGAAUCCUAGUCCGAUUUGGCCGGUUUUUUUCUUUUCAUGUUCCAAGCCUUCGUCGUAGUAUUACUAUAAAUGAUUUUUUUAUCCGUUUUGAAAUAUAACAUAUUAAGAUUAUUAUUCAACAGACUAAAAAUAAUCCCGCCCAAGUGAGAAUUUUGCUAAAAAAAUAUAGUAUUACAAACACACAAAAUUGCGUUUUUCUAACC